GGAAAAUAUUCAUCCCCAAACAGAAACCUGUACAGACUUUUACAGAAGAAAAAGUAUCUCUUGAUCCAGAAUUAGAAGAAGCUUUGACAGGUGCUUCUGAUACAGAACUGUGUGACCUCGCAGCUAUUCUUGGGAUGCACAAUUUGAUAACAAAUACACAAUUCUGUAAUAUGGUGGGAAGUAGUAAUGGUGUCGACCAAGAACAUUUUUCAAAUGUGGUAAAAGGUGAAAAGAUUAUUCCAGUAUUUGAUGAGCCACCAAAUCCAACCAACGUUGAAGAGAGUUUAAAGAGAAUUAAAGAAAAUGAUGCUCGUCUUAUUGAAGUUAAUUUGAAUAAUAUAAAGAAUAUCCCAAUUCCAACCCUAAAAGAUUUUGCAAAGGCUUUGGAAACUAACACACAUGUGAAAUAUUUCAGCCUUGUGGCCACCCGGAGCAAUGAUCCCAUUGCUGUUGCUUUUGCAGAUAUGCUGAAAGUGAACAAAACUUUGAAGAGCUUAAAUAUGGAGUCCAACUUUAUUACAGGAGCUGGGAUUCUAGCACUGAUUGAUGCUUUAAGAGAUAACGAAACCCUGGCAGAGCUCAAGAUUGACAAUCAGAGGCAGCAGUUGGGGACAGCUGUGGAAUUGGAAAUGGCCAAAAUGCUUGAGGAAAAUACAAAUAUCCUUAAAUUUGGAUAUCAGUUUACACAGCAGGGACCCCGAACCAGGGCAGCUGAUGCUAUAACAAAAAACAACGACUUAGUGCGCAAGAGACGAGUUGAAAGAGACCACCAGUAAAUCUGCCAAGUUCAAACUUUGGAAGACUUCAGAAGACCACUAGGGGCUCAUGUUGGUGAAUCAGAUGUAAAAUUUUCCUGGGUAGAAGGGAAAAGACUGGAAAUUUUUCUUUUUUUUUUUUUUAAACUACAUGCAUCUUUUUUCUAGUUUAAGUUGUUAUCAGUUUCAAAUUGUAAAAUCAAUGAUGAUAUUUUAUAUUUUGAAGUAUUUCUACUUUCUGCUAAAAUUAAUUGUAAUUUAGCUUAUGAAUGAUUUAUAAUGAGUCUUGGACCAAAAAUACAAUUGUAAAAAAAAGUUUUAGAAGUCAUUUAUGUAGAAUAAUUUGAAUGUUUUGAGGACCAAUCUUUUUUAAACAAAAAAGGGACAUUGUUGAUAUCAAAAUUACUAUUGCUUCUUUUAGGUAUAAGACAUUUAAAAGCUUUCUUUACUCCAUGACCUGGAGACCUUUCCAUUUUUUAGAAUACAUGAACUUGUCAAGGG